AGAAAGUCUCGUGAUAGACGGGCAGUGCGUGUGCGUGUGACGCAGCCCCGUAGAAAGGGGCAGGCAGAGGUUCCCAUACUUCGAGAAGCAGUUAGCGAAGGAGGAGUUGCAGCGGUGAAGGAUGGUAGAGUCACACCUCGAAAGGGGAUCCUGUUGAUAUAUCAUAACAUACCCCAAUGUGUGGCAUUUUGUUAUUUGGCAAAGAUGACAGUGCACAAUUGACAAGUGUUCAGCAGAUGGAUUAUGGCAGAGAGAAACCUCUUUUGCAAAUGUACUUCCCAUUGGAUAUUUAGUAACCUUGGAUUACAGAGUUAAAUGAAUUUAUUUGCGUCUGUGCAUAUAUCAAAAAUAUAUGUGUAACACUGUUCUUAUCCAAUUAUUAUAACAUUGCCAAAACCUGGUUUUCAUGAAUAUCUGGGUGCAGUUGGUGUCACUAUGAGCAGUAGUUUUGGCAAAGAUAAAGAUUCUAAAGAAAAGGACUCCAAAGGUCCUUCUGGAAAGGAAAGGGAAAAAGAGGCCAAAGCCUUGAGCGGUUUCAGUAAAGAUAGCAAAGAAGUAAAGACCAAAGGAAAAGAUGCCAAAGAAGGAAAGAAAGAAACAAGUGGAGUACCACCUGGGGUGGCUUUUUCAGUGGACAAUACAAUAAAGCGCCCAAAUCCAGCUCAAGGGAACCGAAAAAAGGCCAGUAAUGCUGAGGUAAUCAAAGAGCUGAGUAAGUGUCGGGAGGAGAACUCUAUGCGACUGGACUUAUCCAAGAGAUCUAUUCACAUGCUUCCCACAUCAAUUAAGGAGCUUACUCAGCUAACAGAAUUGUAUCUGUAUAGUAACAAGCUGCAGAGCCUGCCUGCUGAAGUAGGUUGCUUGACAGGUUUAGUGACACUUGCUCUAAGUGAGAACUCUCUUACUAGUUUGCCAGACUCUCUAGAUAACUUGAAGAAACUCCGAAUGUUGGACCUUCGGCAUAACAAACUUCGAGAGAUUCCAGCAGUAGUCUACAAGAUGAACUCCCUUACAACUCUUUAUUUACGCUUUAACCGUAUCACUACUGUGGAAAAGGAUAUAAAAAUCUUAUCGAAGCUCACCAUGUUGAGUAUCCGGGAGAACAAAAUUAAACAACUGCCUGCCGAGAUAGGGGAAUUGUGUAACCUCAUUACUUUGGAUGUAGCUCACAAUCAGCUUGAACAUCUUCCAAAAGAGAUUGGAAACUGCACACAAAUUACUAAUCUUGAUUUACAGCACAAUGAACUUCUCGAUUUGCCGGAUACUAUAGGUAAUUUAUGCAGUCUUAAUAGGUUGGGUCUGCGGUACAACAGGUUGUCGGCAAUCCCUAAAUCAUUAUCAAAGUGCAGAGAAUUGGAAGAGUUAAAUCUUGAGAACAAUAAUAUUUCUAUGUUACCUGAGGGUCUUCUUUCUAGUCUGGUGAACUUGACCAGUUUGACACUGGCAAGGAACUGUUUCCAGUCAUAUCCAGUAGGUGGUCCAUCACAAUUCUCUACUAUCUAUUCUCUCAACAUGGAGCAUAACCGCAUCAACAAAAUCCCUUUUGGCAUCUUUUCCAGAGCCAAAGUGUUAAGCAAGCUGAACAUGAAGGACAAUCAGCUUACCUCUCUUCCUCUUGAUUUUGGGACUUGGACAAGUAUGGUCGAACUCAACUUGGCUACAAACCAGUUGACCAAGAUUCCUGAGGAUGUAUGUGGUCUUGUCUCUCUUGAGGUUCUUAUCUUGUCAAACAAUCUUCUUCGUAAACUUCCUCAUGGUAUUGGCAACCUAAGAAAGCUGCGAGAAUUAGAUUUAGAAGAAAACAAGCUGGAAUCUCUCCCCAAUGAAAUUGCUUAUCUGAAGGAUUUGCAGAAACUAGUUCUUACAAAUAAUCAGUUGACAACUCUUCCGAGAGGAAUCGGUCAUCUCACAAACCUCACUCACCUUGGCCUUGGAGAAAACUUGCUACAACAUCUGCCCGAGGAAAUUGGUACACUGGAAAAUCUAGAGGAGCUGUAUUUGAAUGAUAAUCCAAAUCUUCACAGCCUUCCUUUUGAGCUAGCACUUUGCAGCAAACUUUCAAUCAUGAGCAUUGAGAACUGUCCUCUCAGUCACUUGCCACCUCAGAUUGUUGCUGGCGGUCCUUCAUUUAUCAUUCAGUUUUUAAAGAUGCAAGGUCCUUACCGUGCCAUGGUCUGAAUCUCAAUCCUCUGUGUCAUACACUGUGUACACUGUACGAAAAUGCAUUAUUGUCAAAAAAAAUAUACCCGAAAAGGCAAUUUUACUAAGAUUGCAUUGUGUUUUCUGCUAAUAGAGGAAUCAUAGCCAUUUAGUUUUGUUUUUUAAUCAUGUAUAAAAGAGAAAACAGGUGUAAUUGCUUGUCUAGGCUUUAUUUUUUCUGAAUCUGAUGGAUGUAAAUUAUGCAACUUGUGAGUGACAUUUUCUCAAUUAAGUAAAUUGCCAACAUAUGCAGUUAAUUAAGGAAAUCAAUAUUGCCAUUUCUAAGUUCAGGAAGUAUACACAUCAAUUGUAUUUGAAUGAGUAUGGUAUAAUUUGACAGGAAAAAAUGCUUUUUAAAUCUGUACCCUUUGGACUUUGUUUUUCAUGUGUAGGAUUUCAGUAUUGUCAUAUUUUGUUGUUUAAAGGACACAGAAACCAAAAGUGAACCCAAUGUGCAUAUCAACUGUAGAGUUCUUCAAAUCAUUGUUUUCACAGUUAAAGAUUACCAAGUUAACCAAAAGCUGAGCCUGUAAACAUACUCUCACAGUUGAUAUAAUAACAAACUCGUUUGAUGUUUUUCAAGGUUUUUGUGCAUCAUAUACUGUAUAAAUGUGACCAGUAGAAUACCCAUUUCAUAUUGUUUAAAAAAAAAAAAAAAAAAAAAUGUUCAAUUUUUAUUCUGCUGGAAAAUAUUUUAAUCUUGUCACAUGUCUGAAUCUUUUGUAAGAAAUGCCCAUGUUAAAUGUAAACUGAUAUUAGGUACACUGAGAGUAGUCUAAACAGUGUGAACGAGGCUCUUACUGUUUUCGUUUUCGGUAUAAAAGCUAAGACUGUUUGUCUAUCCCCAGUUCAUGUAGAGGACGGAGCCCUAAUUGAAAUAUUUGGGGACAUUUGUUAAGUUGUCUUUUUUUUUUUUUUUUUAGUGAAUUUUCUUCAAAUUACCAUUAAUUGCAUAUACUUCAGCAGGUGGCUUAAAGCUUGUUUUUUACCCCCACACCUUCACAAGAUUUUCAUAUAUGCCAAAUAAAAUUGUAUUUUUCUUCUGUGUAAGGUGACUAUCUGCCAAGAACAAGGUAUCUUUCAAGUCAUAUUCUUAUGACAAUUUAUAGUGUUGAUUUUCAUUUCUAGCAAGUCAUCUCUGCCUGUCCACCUCACCUCUGGCUGAAUAGAUAUUGGAGUAUUUAACAUCUAUUUUUCUGUGUUUAUGUAAUAUACAUAAAAAAAAAACAUAUGCCUUACCAGAUCUGAAAAUAUGGAUGUAUUGGGCAUGCUAACUAAGCACUGUGGUGUUAUGCUGCUUUAUUUUAUGCACUUUUUCAUUACAGUGGCAAAUGCCAUUAAGUCAUAGCUGGUUAAACAUUAUCAUCAUUUAUCCUGCCAUAUGUUAUCUCCAUAGUUGAUCUGAUAUAAACUUUUUUCAAUAUCAGGUUUAUUUAUUGUGUUUAAUUGCUGUUAAAUUGAACUCAAACUAAAAUCCUUUGAGGUGCAGUUUAGAUUGUAGUAUAUAAUGAAUGUUAUCUUUCUGAACUUUGAUUAUAAAAUAUCAUUUUAAACUUUUGAUUCUCUACACAUAAAGAUUGUUUUAUUGUGUGGUAUGGGAAUGUCCACAUAUACAGUGGUCCACAGUUAUAUCUUCCAUUCACUUGAACGGUUUAACCUUUUUCACAUUGGAAACCCGUAUGUACUCCUUCACAGUUUUAUUCUAUGAAAAUCAAUCAAGUGAAUAUUUUCAAAAUCUGGUAUGGUCCACUUUACAAAUCUGUUAAGGAUCCUAGUCGCAGACUGUCUGUUUAGUCUGGAUUUGGGCAGUAAUGCAGCCAAUGUUAAUUUAGCAAUGACCAGUAAAAGAUGUAAGACUUAAUAUUUUUGAAUUUUUUAUGCUAUAAAAGGCUGUAUUUAAGAAUAAAAUAACAAAACUUGCCAGCAUCAGAAAUGCAGAUUGUGUUAUCUCAAAUUGAUUAUUAAUCUAAUUAUAUUUAAUUCUAAGUUGAUUCUUUGAAAGAAAACUUGACUUUCAAGUUCCAUCGCAUGAUAUUCAUGCUUUAUUUUUGAUGCAUACUUUCACACGCUCAAACUGAACGUUUCAAGUUGCUAAAUUUAAUUUGCAGGUUAGAGGAAAUUAGAGUAAACUGAUAGACCUGGUGAAAAUCCAUACAAACAUAGGAGGAACAAGAGAAAUCCAUGAAUUAAAGCUAUGGGUCACCAGUGCUAGUAACUGUGCCAUCCACAUAUGUACCAUAUAAAAGUAAUUUACUCAGAGUCAGCAUCUUGAUUUAGUACUUUUACCUACAAAACUGCUGCGCUCAAGUUGAAAUACUGAACAGUUAGCAAAAUAGUGAAAAGCAGUAGCCAAAUGAAAUUCUACUUUCUUCUUUUUGGACAUGUUUGUAGUGUACACAUCAAUGUAAAAUAUUCCUUAUGCAUUUUUUUUAAAUAAACAAUUUUGCCCAUAGAUGCAGUCAUUCUUUUAACUCUUGGAAGUUUCUGCACAAUUACAUUGUUUUAACUUACUUUAUAGUUAUCUCCGCUUUGCUUCACAAUCUUAGAUAUUCUUUUAACUUAGAUGACUUAGUGUGCCUUAAUGAGCAUGGGAUUUGCAUGUGUUUGUUGGGGAUUGCUUUCUGACUUUCACAUGUUAUUGCUUUAUAGUCAUCAGUCGGAUGUGGUUUUGCACUGGACCGUACAAACUUAAACUUGAUACACUGAUCUCUUCUCGAGAAUCAACAUCCUAAUACUGUAUGUUAAAUUUAAUUAUUUGGACAUGUGCUACAGCUGAAAUUUUGAAAAGUCUUGAGUAUACACUGAAUGCAGUGACGUGAUGGAGGGUCAGUCCCAUUACCCCAAACAGCUUCUGCCCUCUAGGAAAGGCAGUUAGUUCUGAUCCUACCAAGGAUAAAUGGGUUCUGGGAAUUAAUAAGUAGCAUUCAUUAAUGAAUCUUAAGUAGUUAAGUUAUAUAUCUUGGAAAGUAGGAAUAUAUAUCUUCUGAAGUACCACCACAUUUUUGUGGUCUUAAAUUACCAACUGUUACUAGGUAAAACUUCAAGGCCCUUUUUCUUUAUCUGCCCAAAAUAUUGCAUUUGGGGAUUUUAAUUUGGUAUUAUAGAUAGUUUUUGUGCGUGUCUUUUAUAGAAGUUUUUCUUCUACACACCUAACCUUUUCAAAUGUAUGAACAAUAUUGUGAUUUGGUAUGUAAUAAAGAUUGCAAAGCUUGAAAUUCCAAUUCUUUUUAAUUUACCAGAAAUAUACAGUUCAGAGCUUGAAUUUCUAGUGACCGCAAAUUUGGGCCUUUUGUUGGUGUUAUAGAUUUCAGUGAGAGGUUUAUAAACAAUUACUUCAUUAUGGUCUGUUUGAUUUAGCUUACCAUGUGCACAUGCUCAAUUACUUGGUUAUUAAAAAAUUAAACACUAACUAAAGUUGUUACUAAAAUGUCACUGCCAUAUGAAUUUGGUAAAUUUCAGAAUAUUUUAAUUUGCACAUACCUUUUAAAGCUGCUUUUAUAAAAAGUUUUCACAUCAGGUUUGUCAAAAAUUUACUUUGUUGGGUUUUCCUCCGUGAGAUUGCAUCAGUGUAUGGACUUUAGUUUAAUAACACUUAACAGAAGAGUUGUAUCAAAUUCAAAAGUCCAAAUGAAUUCAAAUUCUACAGAUCAUUUACUUUUGUUUUCCUAAUCUUUCUCAUUGUUUACAUUUAUCCUAACUUUAAGGCUACAUUUGUGAAAUUAAACUUUUAAAAUUAAGAUUAUAAUUUCAGAGUUCCCAUAAAACAGCCUGUUGUGUUCUUUUCAAGUUACCUCACGUAAGUGAUUAGACUUGGCUGUUUAUUAUGCCUUUGUGUAAAUGCAGAAUUAGUCAUUGAAUUAGAUUAGAAUUAGACGGUAACUGUAGAAGUUAGUCCUUCAAAUAACAUAUGUCUUUGGUUUCAAAAAAAACAUUGAAUGAUGAGAUUUUAGUGUUCACUGAUUUAUUUUCAGUAAUUAAGUAUGCUAGUUCUGUAGUUUGACUAAUUGUGCAUCCCUGAUAUUAUCAGAAUCAAAAUAUCUUUAUUGUCAUUGUAACAAAUACAACGAAAUAAAAUUAUGCAUUUCCAUUAACACAUUGAAUGUUGCAUGAUUGGAAAGAGUUGCCUUGUACUUCAAAACAUCAAGGAAUGUUUGGCCAAUAUGUAAAUUUCAAGACUAAAUUAAUUUUUAGUGUCGUAAGUUAGCGCCCUAUCCAGGUUUUAAUUCCUUUUCCCUGAACUUGAUACAUUGGUCAGAAAUUGCAUGGUUAGAUAGACAAAAAUAACUAUAUUUAGAACAAUCAAAGCAUAAAUGUGAGGCUUCUUAUUUUAUCACAGAUGUGUAUGGCACUGUAUUAAAAAGUGAAUAAUCUUUCCACUUGCUCAACUCCUUUAACAGACAAGUUGAUUGCUGUCAACAUCCUACUCUAAAGAAAAUAUCCUGAAAAUUGUGUAUUUUUAUUGCUCAUUCUAUGUUGUACAAUAAUAUAAAAGAGGCAAGUCCUUUUUUACUUUGAAAGUGUAGCGGGACCUUGCUGCUUUUAUAACCUGAAACAUAUACUAUUAAAAUAUAUAUAUAUAUAUAUAGGAAUACAUAUCUUCUGAAGUACCACCACAUUUUAUAUUGUAAUAAACAGAAUACCAGCAAUUCCACACUGAAAUUCAAACCCUGUAACUGCUUCUUGAAUUGUAAGUGCAGUUGGGGCUAACUCUUGCACAAUAUGGCUCUUUUUCUGCCCUUGUUCAGUUGUCACUUGCAGGUUUUUUUGUUUUUUUAUUAUUAUUAUUAUUAUUAUAAAUGCUGCUUUGCAUACCAUCCAGUAAUUCUUCAUGUACCACCGGUGGUAGCCAUACCACAGGUUGAGAGCCAAUGAUCUAAAGCAUUUUUAAAUGAAUUUUGUGUAAGAAUAAAAAUGUGAAUGAGAACUGCCUAAAUGACACCACCACAGCAUAACUGAGGAGCACUGUAUUAAAAUUAUUGCUUCUUUCUGAGAAAAAUCUAACACAGUUAACAGUGGACAUUUAUUUUACUGUGUGAAGUAAAACAAUUUUUUAAUUGUCAAGAUGAGUGAUUUUAAAAUAUUAGAUUUAUUAAUAUUGUUUUAAUCGAAUCUUGAAAAAUCUUGAAAAUUCUCAAAGAUCAACUUGACAUUGCAUCUCUCCUCCAUGCCCCCCCCCCCCCUUCAAAAAUAGUGAUCUACUAUAUGUGAUUGUAUUUAUGAUGAUUUGUGAUUAUUUGCUUUUUUCUUACAAUUCCAAAUUGAGCUUUGUACUUUUCUAGUUAACUUUUUUGUACUGGCUCACUGCCUUCAGUCAUAUGUGAAAAAGUUUGACAGUACACCUGCUGGUAAGGAAAAAUGUUCUGCUGCUUUCUUUUGGUAGCAACAUAAAAGCUGCUUUGUCAACAGCAACCAAGGUAGUGUAAGAAUUCGGCUAAAGAUUAUGCUGUAAAUGUUUCACUGGUCAGUUUUUCUGGCCUAAUAAACAAAAUGAUUGAAGUGAAUGCACAAAAGUAUGUAAUGUUCUCUUGAUGUCAGUUACAAACCCAAAACUUGUCUUUAGCCUUGUACAGUAAUUUGCUUGUAUUAAUGGUGCAAUCAGCAAUCAAAAUUAAAAUGAGGAUUUUUUUUGGAGGAGCUUAACAAUAAAAAGGACUUUGGUUAAAAAAAAAUAGGAAU